GGAAGGCGAUGUUGCUGGCCGGGGCUGCUAGAAGACUACUCGCAGUGUUCGAACUCGGACAUUCAAGACAGAGCUUCAACAGCUUGACCGCAAGCUCGUUGAACGCUCCGGCCCGUUCUCGACUGCACGCAUCAUCGCUUGCGGGCGUCAAUGAGAGCGGCUGGAAGCUUCGUUGGGGAAAUUUCCGAAUUGCACGACUUCUUUGGAUGAUGCAUUGUACGACCUCUACGACAGCUACAUUUGCAUGCUGAGGAGACAAGUCAAGAAUCCGGUUCCGGACUCAAUACGGCGAAAACCUCUGCUGCUUACGCGUUGACCUUCGCCUGGCCGUACAUGUAAUUUUCUGGAGUCAAGAUUGGACCCCGAAGUUCUUCCUGUCUCUCGACGACGUCUUAGGAGGAACGAGGAAACAGUCGACUGAGUUCCAAACAAUGGUGGGCUGCCUCAAUUUUAGUUUUGUCACGUAUUUCUACAGACGACAGCAAGCCUUUUACAGGUCAUGUGGUCUGGAAGCACGGUUAGUUGAGCUUGAAGAUGGGACCAUUAUGAGUUGCUGGAUUCCGAAGCGGAGCAAGGCAAGAGCUGUGACGCCGUCAGUGAAGCCUGCUUUAGUUCUACUGCAUGCGUUUGGAACAUCUGGGAUUUCGUGGAACUAUCAGGUUGGGCCGUUUUCGAAGCUCUUUGAUCUGUACAUUCCAGAUCUCGUCUUUUUUGGAGAUUCUACGUCCACGAAUUUAGCAAGAUCUGAACUUUUCCAGGCCGAAUGUGUCUACAAGAUUCUUCAGCAACUUGGUGUUCACAAAUUUAGCAUUAUAGGAACGAGCUAUGGAGGUUUCGUAGCGUACAGAGUGGCGCACUUGUACCCUGAUUCGGUUCACAGGCUCGUAAUUUCCAGCUCGGGUGUUUGUAUGGAUCCAUCUUCGGAUCAAACCUUGUGCGCUAAAUAUAAUGCAAAGAACAUCAAAGAGAUUCUUCUUCCUACUACUGUGGAAGGGCUGAAGAGAACAGCCAGACUAGGAUUCUACAAGGAGCCAAGGAUGUUCGUCCCCAAAUUCAUCUGGGAGGACUAUCUCGAGACUCAAAGUAUGAAAAACUACAAAGAAAAAACUGAGCUUGCUGACGGCUUGGUUCUUGGGAAGGCCGAUUCGCCACCUUUACCGACGGUACCCCAGGAAACGCUGAUCAUAUGGGGAGAAUUUGAUGAGGUCUUCAACCUCAAGCUGGCUUACCAACUCAAACAGCACAUUGGAGAAAAGGCACAAGUGGUCGUCAUCAAGAACGCAGCGCACGUACCACAAGUUGAGAAAGCUUCUGAGUACAACAAAAAGGUUCUGGCUUUCCUGUCGGAACGAGAAACCACUACCGAAAGCGAAAGCGAGACUCCCUCGGAACGCAAAACCCAGUAGUGGUUGUAUGCGAGGUUUGAUAAAUUUGAUUCUACGAUGAUAUGACACACCAGCUCACGAGGCCAGUCAUGGAGUGGAAAAUUCACAACACUGUGUUUUCCUCGACAGUGAUAUUGAAGCAGCCGGAUGUUGAAAGCGACGGCAACUGAUGAUCCAUAGAGGAAAUGAUGAAUUUCACCUACACAACUGCUAGUACCACGCGAUUGUGGCAGAAACAUACCAGAACCCCAGGUUUAGAUGCACAACAUUUGCGGGCGUCCUCGGGUUUGUAUAUACAUAGAAUUCUUUCCUAAUAGUUCUGAUGGGGAUAUGGGCAGAAGCUGGGUAAAGAUCUCUGUCAACCAAGCGGCUUCACACGAGCUCCCACAUCACCUUCAAAAUGAUUCAGAUCUGAAGUUAGAUGCGUGUAAGUUAGAGAUGUCAUCAAAGUCAGGGUGUCUUCACGCAAGUUUCUUGAUUACUCUGGGAAGCUUACUUUAGGAAUAGAUGUGUGGAGACGAAAUAUGUCAACAUAUAUCACGGCUUUCUCAACCUCUCUACUUGACCUGCAGUAUAAAAAAGGGCAAGUAAAAUAAAACAGAGAUUCAAA